ACGCCAGUUUUUAAAAUAUAAAGCGGAUUAACUUAAUCGAAGAAUUUAAAUUACGAGCGAAUCGUCGGUCCCAAAUGCGACUGAGGCUUCGUUCGAUACCGACGGCAGAUCUUGGACAAAUUUAGCACUUCGGGCCCUUUGGUCUUUCUUUAAAGUAGAAAUCAAUUGGAAGAAUAACGAAUCGUAUUUGCGAACGGACUACGGAAGAAAUAGAGGUAAAUUUUCGUGUGGAAGAGGACGUCCGCCAGGGGGAUUUCCGUCGGAACAGCGUAAAGUCCUCCGCUCCAUCCGGUGCGGAUGCCGUGUCCAGCAACAGGAUGGCCAGCCCCGUGCUUGACCAAUUCAUGCGCAGCCCGCUGGUGACAUGGAUCAAGACUUUUGAGGACGAAGACUCCAAACCCCUUUCCUAUGAUCAGCUGCGAGAUGGCAUUCUCCUAUACAAUGUCUGGCUGCAGAUUGAUCCCCAUCCUCCUUUCAGGGGUGUGGCUCCCGCUGGUGAAGAUGGAUGUUCCCGGCUGCGCAACCUGGACCUUCUUCUGCACAACAUCAAGGCCUUCUAUGAGGAUGUGUUGGGCCAGCUGCUGGUCACUGGCGUGCCAGACAUCUUGUUGUUAGCCCGAGGUCCUGAUGAGGCCAGUGUGGUUGAGAUGCAGACACUCCUCCUGCUUGUUCUCAGCUCAGCUGUGCAGUGUGAACGCAAGCAGUUUUUCAUUGAGCGCAUCAAAACUCUUGAUGUCACUUCACAGCAUACCAUCAUGGAAUGCAUCCAGAGGAUAGCUGAUAAUCCAGAGGCUGUCUGGAGUGCUGAGUGGAGUGACCUGCAGAUGCUUCCUACUGAAGAACAUGACCACAUGUACUCCCUAUGUGUCCGGCACCUGCGCAGUCUGACUAAAGAGAGGGAUGAGUUGGCUGAGAGGAUAGUCAAUCUGACUGUGGACCAGGAAGGAGAGACUGGGAAGGGUGCACCAGGUCCUGAGAAGCCCCAUCUGAUGGUGGAGCUGGCUGAUGUAAAGUCCAAGCUGAGAAAGAUGCAACAGGAGCUGGAGGAGAAGAAUGAGUCCCUGACUGAAGCCAAGGAAGAACUGGAAGAAUCCAGGGAUGCAGUCAACCGCCUACGUCAGGAAAAUCUGGAACUGAUACAGGAGGCACGGACUGCUGUUGCCUACCGAGAUGAAAUAGACAUUCUGACCGAGAGAGUUCGAAAGAUGGAUCGCCUGGAAAGUGAGAUCCACAAGUAUCGGGAGAAACUGAAUGAAUUGGACUUUUACAAGUCCAGAGUGGAAGAGCUGCGUGAGGAUAAUAGAAUCUUGGUGGAGACAAAAUUGAUGUUGGAAGAGCAACUGGAAGGAAAUGGAAAGAAGACUGAGCAGAUGGCUGAACUGGAGGCUGAGAUGAGAAAGGUUAGCAGUCGACUGAAGGACAUGGUUUCACAAAGAGAGUUGGAUCAGAAGAAGAUCCAGGAACUCUUGGAGGAAAAUGCCAGACUUCAGGUGGACAGGAAGACUGCAGCUGAAGAGUUAGCCAAGAUGCAGGCAGAGCUAUUUCGAGCCAGAAAUGAAGAUGUACCCUCUAGGGAUGAUAGCCUGUUAGAGCAAAUAAACACAGAUGCACAGACUAGGGCCCUCCAGCUGGAACUGGAGAAUCGUCGGUUGAGGAUGCUGGUUGAAAAUUGCAACAGGGAAUCUGCAGAGGAUGAGCAGAAGCCAUGUGUGGUUGAUCUGGAAACACACAAGCGUGAACUAGAAAAGUUAGUAGAGGAGAUGAGGCAGAACAUGAAAGUGGAUCAGGCACAUUGUGAACAGAUGGAAAGGACAGUUAAUGCUUUGACUACAGAAAAUCAAAAGCUGCAGAGGGUUGUGGAAACCAACCAGAUAAAACUAGAAGAAAUACAGGAAGAGCUACAGGGACUUGAGAAUGAAAACAGAAAACUAAAUAAGACUUUAGACACUUUGAAGCUGUCUAUACCAAAACUGCAUGAAUUGGAGAGAGAGGCAAUGGGAUUGAACUCCACCAAGCAGGCUCUGGAACAGGAGAAGAGAUCUCUGGAGAAGGAAAAUGCCAAGCUGAAACAGUUGAUGGAGGCCAAGGAAUGCACCAUUGAUGAGUAUCUGUCUAAGUUGUCACUAAUAGAACAGAAAAACCAACAACUGCAGAAAGAAAGUGAAAACUGCACACGGCUGACAGCCCAGUUGCAAGAAUUAGAAAGAGAGAACAAGGAGCUGCUGCAGCAAACAUCAGUAGAGAAGAAAACAUUGUCAUCACUGCAGGAAGAGCUGGUUAAUGAGAAGCUCAAGUGUCAGCAGUUGGCUGGCGAUCUUCAGAAGAUCAAUGCGGCUCUGAAGAUGGAGAAAAGUCUGCCUGCUCCCACUUCCAAAAAGGAGGAGAGGAUGCAGUCUUCCGAAUGUCGGGCAGUCCCCAGACGAGAGAUUGAGCUGCCAGAUGAUGACGAUGGCAAUGAUGCUACUGGACACAUUCUGCGUCUCAAAUCACUCAUUUCUGAACUGGACCAGAGGAUGACGGAGCUGGAGGAAGAGAAUAGAAAACUGUUGGAAGAGAACGUCACACUGAUUGAGCAGAAUGACAAGAAGAAUAUGCAGACGGACAAUCUGGAAGAGAGCUUGAAGGCAGCAGUUGAGCACAAUGCUGAACUGCAAGCUUCACUGGCCAAACUGGAGGUGGAAAUGUCACUGCUGGAGUCACGUCACGACACCGUCUCCACCCAGAAUUCUCGUCUACAGGCAGAAACUGCAUCUCUGGAGGCCGAGUGUGGGCGGCUGAAACAGAAGCAGCGCGAGACACAGGAGGCCAAUGAGUCCCUGAUAAAAGACCAAAAGACCCUGCAGUCAUUACACCAACAGCUGUCGUCCGACUUUGAUUCUCUACUUUCCAGUUUUGCCUCAUUUAAGUUAACCUACAAGACCCUGAAAACAGACCACCUGAGUGUCAAGGAACGGGCCAAGGCAACACAGGACCGCUAUGAGCGACUCCUGGAGGAACAGGGAAUGAUGCAGAGAGGGUUGGAAACCCUGCGGGCUGAGAAUGAACGUCUGAACAGUGAGUGUGAGGAACUGAGGGGACAGCUGACCACCCAGGGGCUGGAGACGACCCGGCUGGCCGGUCGCUGCGAGGCCCUCACUGAAAGAAACAAUGCCCUGGAGGAAGAACAGAAGGCUGCAGUGGCCCAACUAUCACUGCUGCUGGUGCAAUACCAUGAGCUGCUGUCACAAGUGCUGAAGCAGCAGGGCCGGCCGUCAAGAGAAGACGUGCUAUUGAAGGAAAGGUUGCGCGAGUUAUGGCAACAGAAAGAACAGUUGGAAAGGGCAGUGCGGGAACGCUGCCAUCGCCGCACUGACUCUGCCAAGAGGAAACAGAACAAGAAGGCAACCAAGCGGCAGGAGGAAGACUCAGAGGGGAGCGGGGGCGGCAGGUCGUCCCGGAGAAAGACAGGCAGCCGCCCGGGAACGGAAGACACAGAAGACUACAUUCCAGUGCGGGACUCUGGUCCCUCGCCUCCUGGGCCGGGUCCGGAAGAGGGGCUUCUGAUGGCGCCGAGUCGAACGACGACUCUGGAGAACCACACCACAGUCAACUUGACCACGACCCUGAGCAAGCGCCCGGCUGAGGUCACAGUUGGGAUGCCGCGGAACUCGACAGUCGCGGAAUCUGACACCUCAGAGGUGGAUGGGAGUCCACGCGAGCCUACUCCUCCGGCACCGGAAGGGAAGAAAGAGGACUCCGUCUGGUAUGAGUAUGGAUGCGUCUGUGCGGAUGCCGUGUCCAGCAACAGGAUGGCCAGCCCCGUGCUUGACCAAUUCAUGCGCAGCCCGCUGGUGACAUGGAUCAAGACUUUUGAGGACGAAGACUCCAAACCCCUUUCCUAUGAUCAGCUGCGAGAUGGCAUUCUCCUAUACAAUGUCUGGCUGCAGAUUGAUCCCCAUCCUCCUUUCAGGGGUGUGGCUCCCGCUGGUGAAGAUGGAUGUUCCCGGCUGCGCAACCUGGACCUUCUUCUGCACAACAUCAAGGCCUUCUAUGAGGAUGUGUUGGGCCAGCUGCUGGUCACUGGCGUGCCAGACAUCUUGUUGUUAGCCCGAGGUCCUGAUGAGGCCAGUGUGGUUGAGAUGCAGACACUCCUCCUGCUUGUUCUCAGCUCAGCUGUGCAGUGUGAACGCAAGCAGUUUUUCAUUGAGCGCAUCAAAACUCUUGAUGUCACUUCACAGCAUACCAUCAUGGAAUGCAUCCAGAGGAUAGCUGAUAAUCCAGAGGCUGUCUGGAGUGCUGAGUGGAGUGACCUGCAGAUGCUUCCUACUGAAGAACAUGACCACAUGUACUCCCUAUGUGUCCGGCACCUGCGCAGUCUGACUAAAGAGAGGGAUGAGUUGGCUGAGAGGAUAGUCAAUCUGACUGUGGACCAGGAAGGAGAGACUGGGAAGGGUGCACCAGGUCCUGAGAAGCCCCAUCUGAUGGUGGAGCUGGCUGAUGUAAAGUCCAAGCUGAGAAAGAUGCAACAGGAGCUGGAGGAGAAGAAUGAGUCCCUGACUGAAGCCAAGGAAGAACUGGAAGAAUCCAGGGAUGCAGUCAACCGCCUACGUCAGGAAAAUCUGGAACUGAUACAGGAGGCACGGACUGCUGUUGCCUACCGAGAUGAAAUAGACAUUCUGACCGAGAGAGUUCGAAAGAUGGAUCGCCUGGAAAGUGAGAUCCACAAGUAUCGGGAGAAACUGAAUGAAUUGGACUUUUACAAGUCCAGAGUGGAAGAGCUGCGUGAGGAUAAUAGAAUCUUGGUGGAGACAAAAUUGAUGUUGGAAGAGCAACUGGAAGGAAAUGGAAAGAAGACUGAGCAGAUGGCUGAACUGGAGGCUGAGAUGAGAAAGGUUAGCAGUCGACUGAAGGACAUGGUUUCACAAAGAGAGUUGGAUCAGAAGAAGAUCCAGGAACUCUUGGAGGAAAAUGCCAGACUUCAGGUGGACAGGAAGACUGCAGCUGAAGAGUUAGCCAAGAUGCAGGCAGAGCUAUUUCGAGCCAGAAAUGAAGAUGUACCCUCUAGGGAUGAUAGCCUGUUAGAGCAAAUAAACACAGAUGCACAGACUAGGGCCCUCCAGCUGGAACUGGAGAAUCGUCGGUUGAGGAUGCUGGUUGAAAAUUGCAACAGGGAAUCUGCAGAGGAUGAGCAGAAGCCAUGUGUGGUUGAUCUGGAAACACACAAGCGUGAACUAGAAAAGUUAGUAGAGGAGAUGAGGCAGAACAUGAAAGUGGAUCAGGCACAUUGUGAACAGAUGGAAAGGACAGUUAAUGCUUUGACUACAGAAAAUCAAAAGCUGCAGAGGGUUGUGGAAACCAACCAGAUAAAACUAGAAGAAAUACAGGAAGAGCUACAGGGACUUGAGAAUGAAAACAGAAAACUAAAUAAGACUUUAGACACUUUGAAGCUGUCUAUACCAAAACUGCAUGAAUUGGAGAGAGAGGCAAUGGGAUUGAACUCCACCAAGCAGGCUCUGGAACAGGAGAAGAGAUCUCUGGAGAAGGAAAAUGCCAAGCUGAAACAGUUGAUGGAGGCCAAGGAAUGCACCAUUGAUGAGUAUCUGUCUAAGUUGUCACUAAUAGAACAGAAAAACCAACAACUGCAGAAAGAAAGUGAAAACUGCACACGGCUGACAGCCCAGUUGCAAGAAUUAGAAAGAGAGAACAAGGAGCUGCUGCAGCAAACAUCAGUAGAGAAGAAAACAUUGUCAUCACUGCAGGAAGAGCUGGUUAAUGAGAAGCUCAAGUGUCAGCAGUUGGCUGGCGAUCUUCAGAAGAUCAAUGCGGCUCUGAAGAUGGAGAAAAGUCUGCCUGCUCCCACUUCCAAAAAGGAGGAGAGGAUGCAGUCUUCCGAAUGUCGGGCAGUCCCCAGACGAGAGAUUGAGCUGCCAGAUGAUGACGAUGGCAAUGAUGCUACUGGACACAUUCUGCGUCUCAAAUCACUCAUUUCUGAACUGGACCAGAGGAUGACGGAGCUGGAGGAAGAGAAUAGAAAACUGUUGGAAGAGAACGUCACACUGAUUGAGCAGAAUGACAAGAAGAAUAUGCAGACGGACAAUCUGGAAGAGAGCUUGAAGGCAGCAGUUGAGCACAAUGCUGAACUGCAAGCUUCACUGGCCAAACUGGAGGUGGAAAUGUCACUGCUGGAGUCACGUCACGACACCGUCUCCACCCAGAAUUCUCGUCUACAGGCAGAAACUGCAUCUCUGGAGGCCGAGUGUGGGCGGCUGAAACAGAAGCAGCGCGAGACACAGGAGGCCAAUGAGUCCCUGAUAAAAGACCAAAAGACCCUGCAGUCAUUACACCAACAGCUGUCGUCCGACUUUGAUUCUCUACUUUCCAGUUUUGCCUCAUUUAAGUUAACCUACAAGACCCUGAAAACAGACCACCUGAGUGUCAAGGAACGGGCCAAGGCAACACAGGACCGCUAUGAGCGACUCCUGGAGGAACAGGGAAUGAUGCAGAGAGGGUUGGAAACCCUGCGGGCUGAGAAUGAACGUCUGAACAGUGAGUGUGAGGAACUGAGGGGACAGCUGACCACCCAGGGGCUGGAGACGACCCGGCUGGCCGGUCGCUGCGAGGCCCUCACUGAAAGAAACAAUGCCCUGGAGGAAGAACAGAAGGCUGCAGUGGCCCAACUAUCACUGCUGCUGGUGCAAUACCAUGAGCUGCUGUCACAAGUGCUGAAGCAGCAGGGCCGGCCGUCAAGAGAAGACGUGCUAUUGAAGGAAAGGUUGCGCGAGUUAUGGCAACAGAAAGAACAGUUGGAAAGGGCAGUGCGGGAACGCUGCCAUCGCCGCACUGACUCUGCCAAGAGGAAACAGAACAAGAAGGCAACCAAGCGGCAGGAGGAAGACUCAGAGGGGAGCGGGGGCGGCAGGUCGUCCCGGAGAAAGACAGGCAGCCGCCCGGGAACGGAAGACACAGAAGACUACAUUCCAGUGCGGGACUCUGGUCCCUCGCCUCCUGGGCCGGGUCCGGAAGAGGGGCUUCUGAUGGCGCCGAGUCGAACGACGACUCUGGAGAACCACACCACAGUCAACUUGACCACGACCCUGAGCAAGCGCCCGGCUGAGGUCACAGUUGGGAUGCCGCGGAACUCGACAGUCGUGGAAUCUGACACCUCAGAGGUGGAUGGGAGUCCACGCGAGCCUACUCCUCCGGCACCGGAAGGGAAGAAAGAGGACUCCGUCUGGUAUGAGUAUGGAUGCGUCUGAAGCAAAAUAAUUUCUGCAGAGGUGGAAACAGGGCAAUCAGGUCCGCAAGGAAGCAAAUGGGUCAUCCCAGACAAGACAAAGAAACGGUAUUUAAGUUUCAUAGCUGGCGACUCUUCUUUACUGGAGCAUUUCCAGCCUCCAUUGUAGGGAAUCGAUUAAAUGACGGUCUUCAGGAUAUUGUGUUUUCCCAUUUGUCAAAAGGGAAAAAUAUCUUUUUUUGAACAACAGAUGUGCAGAGCCCAUUAAGUGGGAUAUAUUUAUAAAAACUGCCAGUAAUUUGCAUUUUCCAACCGUGGACGCCUUUCUACAUAAAUUCAAUUUUGGCGGUAAAAGUCAUGUUUACCUAAAAUAAAAAUUAAAUACUUUGUAAAA